CCAAUCGCCGCGAAUAGUCCGCUCCAGUGAAAAACAUUCAGGGAAAGAUUUCUUUUUAUGUAAGUCGCAGAAGCUAGUGAAAGCUAAAGCCGGGAUAUAGUGCAAAAGCGGAUAUUUAAAAUUCAAAAUGGAGAGCUUCGCAGCAGUUGCCACACAGCUGGGUCCACACUUUGCCGCCCUGUCCAAUGGAUCGGUCGUGGACAAGGUCACACCCGAUAUGGCGCACUUAAUUAGCCCAUAUUGGAAUCAGUUUCCCGCUAUGGAUCCCAUUUGGGCGAAAAUUCUAACCGCCUACAUGAUCAUAAUUGGCAUGAUUUCUUGGUGCGGAAAUGGCGUGGUGAUUUAUAUAUUUGCAACAACAAAAUCGUUGCGUACGCCUGCUAAUCUAUUGGUCAUCAAUUUGGCAAUAUCCGAUUUCGGCAUCAUGAUUACCAAUACGCCCAUGAUGGGCAUUAAUCUGUACUUUGAGACCUGGGUGCUGGGUCCGAUGAUGUGCGACAUUUAUGCCGGCCUGGGCUCGGCCUUUGGCUGCAGCUCCAUUUGGUCCAUGUGCAUGAUAUCGCUGGAUCGCUAUCAAGUGAUUGUCAAGGGCAUGGCCGGCCGUCCAAUGACAAUUCCACUGGCAUUGGGCAAGAUCGCCUAUAUAUGGUUCAUGUCGAGCAUUUGGUGCCUGGCGCCCGUCUUCGGCUGGAGCAGAUAUGUGCCGGAGGGUAAUCUGACAUCGUGCGGUAUUGACUACUUGGAACGCGAUUGGAAUCCACGCUCAUAUUUGAUCUUCUACUCCAUCUUUGUCUACUAUAUCCCGCUGUUCUUGAUCUGCUACUCCUACUGGUUCAUCAUUGCUGCCGUCUCUGCCCACGAGAAAGCCAUGCGUGAGCAGGCCAAGAAGAUGAAUGUCAAGUCGCUGCGCUCGUCCGAGGAUGCCGAGAAGAGCGCUGAGGGCAAACUGGCCAAAGUCGCGCUGGUUACCAUCUCGCUGUGGUUCAUGGCGUGGACACCAUAUCUGGUCAUCAACUGCAUGGGCCUGUUCAAAUUCGAGGGCCUUACACCAUUGAACACCAUUUGGGGCGCCUGCUUCGCCAAGUCGGCUGCCUGCUACAAUCCAAUUGUAUACGGCAUCAGUCAUCCCAAGUACCGCUUGGCUCUGAAGGAGAAGUGCCCAUGCUGUGUCUUUGGCAAGGUGGAUGAUGGCAAGUCCAGCGAUGCUCAGUCCACAGCGACGGCUAGCGAGGCUGAGUCCAAGGCAUAAGAGACUACAGCAACAACAAUAACAACAACAACGUUUUACAACAGCAACAGCAACAAA